AUGGCUGGUUCCCUCCAUUCACUGUCAGUUCCAGCCUCAACAUCCAACUUCGCAUCUAGACGACAAACAUUCCAUACUACACGUACCAACCUACCGCACCUACUCUAUUACACCACACUCUCCACCAUGGAUGUCGCAAACCUGAUCUCUCACGGGCCGGACUAUCUCCCCAAGCGUCCUCUCUACAGCCCUCCUUCCUCCAAGUCUUUCAAGUUCGAUGACAAGUCCUACUUCACGGCUGCUCCUACUCCUACCUCCUACUACUCGCGCUCUCCUCAGCCUCCUCUCUCGCCUCCUGUUGAGGACCAGCCUAAAUGCACCUUGCCCUCCAUCUCGACUCUCUUCGAGGGUGCUGACAGCGCUGCCAUGCACCCAGCCAAGCGCCAGAGAAUGGCUUCUCCUGACUCCCGCCCUCAGUCGCGGGCCUACGAACCCGUCACGGCUACUGUUCCCGUCUGCUUGCCUCCUACUCCUCCAAUGCGCCCCGGCUCGACCUUCCACCGGGCCAGCCACUCUCCCUCUGCCUCGUCCGUCAACGACAAGGCUCUCCAGCACACCAUCGCUCUCCCAGCGGACCGUUCCUCUAUCUCCAGCCAGGGCUCCAUCCAAGCCGGCCCCUACGCUUCUCCCGCCCCCAGCGUGACGUACGCUUCUUCUCCCGUUGAGACCGCUGCUCCUGCUCCUGCUACCACCGCUGCUCCCGCCCCCACAGUCUACUACCACACCAGACCAGCUCCCGCGAUGGCUCCCGCUCCCGCCCCCGUGGCAGCAGCUCCUCAGCAGAUGAUCUCUCCCGUCAACCCUGCUUGGCAACACCACCACUACUUCCCUCCCUCCAACACCGCGCCCUACCAGCAGAACCACGACCGGUACAUCUGCCGGACCUGCCACAAGGCUUUCUCGCGGCCCUCCAGCCUGCGUAUUCACUCGCACAGCCACACUGGUGAGAAGCCUUUCCGCUGCACACAUGCGGGAUGUGGAAAGGCCUUCUCUGUGCGCAGCAACAUGAAGCGCCAUGAGAGGGGAUGCCACAGCGGCCGUCCUGUUGCAGCUGUUGUAUAA